GCACAGCACCCCGUCAAUGCGGAGAGGGAUGCGCGACAAUGCCUGCGGUUGGAUAUCCAAAACCAAAAGGCUCACUAUCGGCUGGCGCUUGCUCUGCUUGGAACGGGCAAGACCGAAUCCGCCUCGCAAUGUGCGUCUCAGGCGGUGCUCUUGUUUCCAGAGAAUGUGGACAUCAGGAAGCUACAGGGUAAGCUUUCAGUUCUACUCUCUCUGGAAACACGGUUUAACGAAAUUCAUGAGAUCGUGAUGUCAGAGCAGCGUGGAGGCAACUUCAACCAAGCCGGGCAGCUGCUACAAGAAGUAUUCGCAACGAUCCCAGAUUUUUUGCAUGUGCGUCCUCCGCUUCAGGCGGAAGCCCUCGAAGCGAUGGCUACAAAUUUCUCCUUCAUGCAGCAGUUUGACAUAGCUGAAGAGAUGUACCUUCAAGCAAUUGAAAUAUUCAAGUCAGCAGGGUCAGGCCAGCAAAUCUCUUUGAGCAAGGCCAUGGGAAAUCUCGCUUCCGUGUAUCUUGGGGGAGGAUCCAGGGAAAAUGCCUUGCCUUUGCUGCAACAAGUGGUUGAGAUGCGGAAGCGGCUUUAUGGCGACAUGCACAGUGAGGUUGCCAAGGCACUCAACAAUUUGGGCGAGUACUAUCGACAGAUGGAAGACUUCUCCAAUGGUUCACGUUGCCUGCAAGAAGCUCAGGCACUUCAUGCAGAGCUGUCUGGCAAAGCUGACAGCAUGUAUUGCCAAACUACAUAUUGCCUUGCGCGUUUGCAUGCGCGCUUCCAACACUUCGAUGAAGCUGAGGCAAUGCUUCUGGAAUGCAUUUUGCAUGUGAAGCAGUUACCCCAUUCGCAACAUAAGGCGGCUGCAGAUUGCUUGAUUGUUCUGGCCGAAACAUAUGUGAGCUGUGGUCGGUUGCCGGAGGCAUGGCGGUCUUGUGAUGAAGCCAUUAGUAUCACGAGACGGCUGCUCCCAAAAGCUCACCCAGAGCUCGCCAGAACACUUCAUUGUGUUGGGCAGUUUUACAUCACCUGCAAGGACUAUGUCAAAGCAGAGCCUCUCAUUCGUGAGUCGCUCCAAAUCAGACAAGAGGUCUUCGGGGAGAUGUCUUACCCCGCGUCGAAGAGCUUAGUCAGUCUGGCAGCCAUCCUCUAUGAGAUGGGCAAUAGCGGACGUUCGAUUGCGUUGCUGGAGCAGGCUGUCAAGAUCCAAACGGGCGUUUCCAGUGAAAGCCAUCCAGAGGUGAUCACUUCCCUCAACAACCUCGCGGACAUGUACUGCGGUAACCCGGAUACGCUUGAGCAAGGUUUAGCACUCUAUGCCCGUAUCAACAAGCUCAUGUCAGCCUCUCCGCUGGGCCCCAAGAUCAUCGCUGAAGUGUAUAGUCUGGAAGGCCAGUCGUUCGCUCGUAUCGGAAUGUUGGACACAGCCCGGGAGUGCUUUGAAGCAGCCCUCAAAGCACGCCGACGUGAAGGGAAUCCUGCAGGAUUAGCUGAAGCCUUGCAAAAUCUGGGCGUCUUGCUGUCGACCCCACCAGUUUCUUUGCCACACGUUGAGAGUCUCUCUUUCGCCAACACGGAGGACAAAAUGAUUCAGCUCAAGCUUGAGCGAGGCGUGGUCAACCACUACGUUGAUGAUGUGUUCCAACAAACUGUCCAAGAUUUUGACAUCGAUGUUGCGCAAGGCAUCUACACAGGGCUGGGCGCAAAGGGCGUUAUCCGAGGGGACGAAGAUGUGCUAGACCUUGCUGCCCAGAAGGACAGUCUGCUCACCAUGGCAUAUUUCUGUCAACAUGACCAGGUGGAGUGCGAUGGAUGUGGAAUGACCCCAAUCAUUGGGAGGCGGUAUAAAUGCCGAGCUUGUCCAAAUUUUGACCUUUGCCAGCAGUGCUUUGACCAAAAGGAUAAAGUGCACACUGCAUCGCACGAUUUCCGCAUCAUCGCCAAUGUUCACGAAGGGGUCUUGAACAUGCAGGCCGCGGAGGCCUGCAUGGCUGAAGCAUAUGCACUUAACAAGUCACAUUACGGAGACCAGCAUCCUGUUACCGCAGGCACAGUGGUAGGGCUGUCUGCGGUUCGUGGCAUCUUGCGCAAGCAUCAGGAUGCCUUUGAUUCAUUGUCACAAGUGACCGAUGUGCGCGACAGAAUGCUGGACGCAGUGAUUGAGAACAGUGCUGAAUCAAGGAGAUUCUCAUUCUUUCAGCUUAUCCGCCAAGACAUGGAUGUGGCAAUCUCACUCGCCUUGGCACUGGGAACAACUGCUUGUCAAGCUUUUGCUUUCCAGCUGGUUCUUCGGCGCAAAGGAGUCGUUUUUGAAUCUCAAAUGUCAGAACGGUCCGGUGUGUCAGUAGGUUCCCAGGAGCUCUUUCACGAGCUGACUGUCUUGAGAUCAAGACUAGCUGCAGAAGUACUUGGUCGUUUUGAUCCCACAGCCAUGGCCUUUUUGAACGAGAAAAUUGAGAGCCUCGAGUCUCGCAUGGACGUUCGCUGCAGGUCCCAACUAACUGUGGAGACAACUCAGGCUGCUCUUCCGCUCGGCUGCGUGUUGCUGGAAUUUGUCAAGUAUGCCCAUAUUGAGAUGUCCCAGGAUGAGGGCGGCAAGAGGUCUUGGAGAUAUGCAGUCUUUGUAUUGCAGCACGAAGGGCCCGCGAGUGUGGAGCUUCAUGAUGUUGGAGCUGCGGGUGACAUUGAGGCCGACAUCAAUGCGUCUCUCGUUUGGUUUCGAAAGUUCUUCAGGAGGUCAUGUGGUUUGCGGUUGGUGAAGCAGCUUUUGGGUCACAUCAGCCUGAAGCAUUGGCAGCAUGUUUUCAUAGGCCUGGACGGCGAAGUUUCAAGACUGCCCAUCAAGUGCUUGCCUGACCCAAUGGAGCCAGGACAGCUCCUCUUGGACCGAAACUUCACAUAUAGUUUCAUCACGAGCGGUCGUGACUUGUCGCUGAUGCAGAGAGCUGCGCAAUUUGAGCCGACGGAGUCCGUCAUCCUUUGCAAUCCAGAUUUUCAACUUCAAGGAACAGUCGCCGGCAGUGACACAGGCGUCAUGCGACUGGCGACGUGGUCAAGACUUCGAGCCGUUGAAGGGAACUGUGUUGGAAGGGUUGUGCGUGCAGGAUGCACUGGCCAGUUCUGGUGCCAUAAAGUUGGAAGGGCAACAAGCCACUGUCUCAGCAUUGAAGGCUGUGCAUUCACCACGCGUCCUGCACAUUGCCACGCAUGGGUUUUUCCUGCCUACCCAGACAGAGCCGAGUGA